AGAGCUAGCGCUUACUUGAUUUUAACAUUUAAAAACAUUAGUAACCUGUGUAAGUUUAGCAAAAGUUUAAAAAAGUGGUGUGGUUAUGUAGUUAUGCUGUGGUUAAAAUAAUAACUUUCAGCUUUUCGAUUUGAGAGUGUGUGCACAAUGUUAUAGUGACCAGUAUUUCAUCUUGUUUUACGCUGUCUAGAAGUAGCAAUGUCUAUGGCGGACGUGACGUCAGCGCGGAGCACGCCCGCGCCUGACGCGUGCCCAGAGUGCGAUACUGCUGCAUCCGUCACAUCGGAUUUGCAUAAGUAUCAAGUAGCUUGCACAUGCAAACCUGCGUCAGCGCAAUACGCAUGCGCAGACGAUCCAGGCCCACCGCCCCCCGCGAAAACUGACACUCCCCCUGCGUUACCACCAAGACCCCCUACAAGUGUGCUGGCAACAACUAACCGACGGAAUAAUGCAUCCGUAGGCUGCAAUGGCAACGAGACGUCAUGCAGACGGAAGAAGUACGCAUGGUGGUGUUGCGGUUGUGGUGCCUUAGCUGCCGCGUUGGGUGGCUUGCUUGCUGCCCAGCACAUAUUGCUACGGGCCUACACUGCUUCACCUCAUCACUUAGAAACUGUUCCAGCUGCUGUACCGGCUGCUAUGCUGGUGUUGACCGGAGUUUGUAUAAUGAGCUUAGCCAGGAGAAGAAACCGGUACAGCUAUAUGGUAAGAAAAAUUAAGGUGGUCGGAGCGUGUUGUCUGGUCUGUGCGUUGACUUGCGUUCUCGUUACCAUCACAACGACCGUCAUACAUAUGAACAAGCUUCAAACGCUUAAAUUUUGCGAAUACACGAAGUUGACCCGAACCUGCUCGUGUUUUUCAAUGCCACCUGACUCACAGCACAGUAGCGAUGAUGAUGGAGUUCGGUGCGUUUUCGAAGGCGUAACCGAUUGUGGAGUUGUCCACGGAGCCUUAUAUUGGUGUCUUCGAGGUGUUUUCGCCUUAUCUGUGACUGCAGUACUCGUCUGCAUAUUCAGUUGUAUGCUUGCUUAUCAGCUGCUUAGCCAUGAACGGAAGAAGAUGUAUUGGGAGCAGCUGGAACUCCGUUGCCGGUCUUUGUAUAGACCUCCAACAGGACAAGCUGCCCCCGCUACUGGGAGACCUGCACAGAACAACUGCAGUUGUUGUGCGCAGUGUCAUACAACGCAGCCCGCUUGGGACUUCAGUUUGCAACAUCGAUUUUGGGCGCCUGGUCGUAUAGGAAAUUUGUAUUCGCCAAAUCCAGGGUCAGGAAGAAAGACUUCUCCGUGGAGCUGGUUCCCAUGGCCGAGGGGAAAUAGUCAAAAUUCUCGCUGCCGCAUGGAUGGCGUUCCACAGUCGGGUGACAGCGCGUACGGAUUCUGUGAAACGGAACAAGCUCAAAACCCGCCUCAAUCCUACGACGAACGAGCUUAUCCCAACUUCAAUCAACCCUUUCAACGGGGACAAAACUCUGGCACAUUCCCUCAGACGUCACAGUUCGAAUCCGCCCAAUUCAGUCAGUCGGCUCAGUUCAGUCAGUCGGGCCAAUUCGCCCAAAGUGCCCAGUUUCAACCGCAAAACUUUCAACCGGGUCAAAUUGGGUACCAAGAAGGCUUCUCUGAAGGCAAUACCAGUUUCGAUGCCCAAACUGGAGUUUGGGGACCACCACCACCGUACAGCCCUCAAGGAAGGAGUGGCAGCAGACACCAUCUUCAUCACCAAGAUCCAGCGACAACGACCCUUCUUCAUCACCAUCACAUAGACGUACACAGAACCAUAAACCCACACGAACUCCCAAACGUGCAACCGCACACGUGCUCGAGAAGCUCUUAUCACAGCCAAGAACGAAUCAACCCGGAAUUAGUCAGAAUCAAUCCCGACUUAGUCAGAAUUAACCCGGAAUUAGUCAGAGUGAACCCGGAAUUAGUUAGAAUGCACCCGGAUUUGGCGAGACUGAAUCCGGAAUACAGGCUAAAUCAAGAAUUGCAAAUGUAUCCUCAAGAAGAAGGCCAGGAGAGGUUCAACACCUUGCGGGGUCAUUUGGUUCCAUACAGGAACUGUCCCCGGUCUUUGGGGCUCAGUGCUGGAAACAUACAUCGGGAUUGCAGGGACGAUGUAAUAGAGUGUGUUCACCAAAAAAGCAGCAGUAAAGUUUCAGAUCAGAGCGGCGAGUGUUGUCAGAAACAAGGCAAGGAAAAUUUGGCUUUUCAAAACGAUAAACAAUCUCCGAUCAGGUCUUCCAUGCAAGACUGUCACCGUGGAGUGAAUCAGAACACGGAGUCUGAGGUUUAUUUUGCCGACGUGUCCAGUUGUUGUAACGCGGAUUGUUGUGUAAAUCCGAACUUAUCAGCUCUAGUUGGCACAAUAGAGAAUCACCCAGAAUCAACUUCGGAAUCAGACACUGGGUCAUUUACCUUAACAAGACAACAGCGGCCACAACCGCAAGUCGGUUCCAAACGUAGGCCAAGACAAACAGACAAAAAGUUAGAAAAAAUGAGACCGGAUUUGAAUAGUUCCAUUCGUUUGACAGAACAACAGAUUGAUCAACUAAAUAGUUCUAUGAGGAUGAGUGAUCGAAAUAUUGAGAGAAUUGAACGAAUCGAUUCUAGAGACAGAUUACACGAUAGGAGUGACAGAAUGAAUGAUUCCAGAAUUGAUAGAAGCGACCGAAUUAACGAUUCCAGAAUUGAUAGGAGUGACAGAAUGAAUGAUUCCAGAUUGGAUAGAAGCGACCGAAUUAACGAUUCCAGAAUUGAUAGGAGUGACAGAAUGAAUGAUUCCAGAUUGGAUAGAAGUGACCGAAUGAACGAUUCUAGAGUUGAUCGUUGCGAUAGGCACAAUGAUUCCAGAAUUGAAAGAAUGAACGAUUCUAGAAUCGAUCGGUGUGAGAGAAUGAACGAUUCUAGAAUAGACAGAAGUGAUAGACUGAACGAUUCAAGGGUUUCAAGAGUCGUCGAAAGAAUCGAUAUGGAUGCAAGUGAUUCGAGGGACAGGCUGAAUGAUUCUCGAGUCGAACGUAUCAGUGAAUCGUCGAGAAUUGAGCGAAUGGAACGGACGAAUGACUCAAGAGACCGAACGAGCGACAUAUUGAACGAAUCGAGAGGGAGUCGAUUUGAAGACAGACGAAUGUCAGAUUUAAACUCCAGCAUCAGGAUCGAGGGAAGUCCAAAAAUGCGUCCGCACAUAAGCCCGUUAAAGAUUAAACGCAGUCCCAAAACUCAGAUAGAAAGAGAGUUUGCUCCAAUAAAUUCACCUUUAUCGCCAAACACAGACGAGUCGUUAUUGUCUGAUGAAGACGGACGUCCGGAGAUAGUUUAUUCAAAUGAGCCGGAGGCAAAAUGCCUUGGUCCUGAUUCACAGUACGAGCCAGAGAACAUAAAUAAGGAAGAGUUGAAAACAAACCACCACCAUUGCUACAGCGACACAAAUACCAUGGAUUCGGGAUGGCAAAGUGGUUCUGAGAAACAAGUAACUGAUUAAAAGAAUUUCUGAAGGAACGGUGUUGUGCUCCUCCUCCGGCCCAAAAGGAAGAUCUUCAACAAGAUUGGUGGCGGAUUCUUAGCGGUCGGAAAACUUCAUUAGCGCGUUUCGGGGUAUGACGUCAUCGUACUGUUUGUAGGUGUCGCUACAGACUUCUUCCAAUGAGAGAGACACUUUAGACAGAUACCCAUAUACUAAUAGAGACACUCUCGCCUAGAGUAGUCUCACCUUGAUAUGAUUUGACAGUUCUUAUAACUACAUUUAUAUAUUAAUAGACUUGAAUUUGGGUCGAUUUACUGUUUGAAAAUUACGAGGUUUAUGUAUUGAAUAAAAAAUAUUGUAUUAUUAUGUUUUGUAUCUUAAAACUUUGUGUCGAUAGCGAACUUGAGUGUUGUAAAGAAAACUGUAAUUUGCAUUGUGUUUUGUUUUUCAGCUAUUUUGAGAGUUGCAACACUCAAUUAGCAUUCUAAAUAUUACUUCGGACAGUCUGAUUAAAGAUAAUAUAAGAUUUUAUAUUUCUUUAAUUUUAAACGUGCUAUUUUAUUAACACGAGUGUUAACAUCUUGAAAUAAAAUAAACUAACGCGCUAGAUUUUUUAAAACUAUUUCGUAAAUUGGCUCUUUGCUACAAAAUGGCGAAUAAAAAUAAGCAAUAGACAAUAGUAUGUCAAUUUGCACACUAAAAGCAAAAUAUGGGGAAAAAUACGAACGGAAUUAAAAACAUCGCCCCUACAUUUAAAUUUGUUUUUGUACAGUUUAUUUUAUUUCUUUAUGUUUGUAUCUGAAAAGCCUUUAAAUCGUGUUCACUAUUACGAUAAAAAUUUCGACCUUUGUGUAUUGUAGUACUCUAGAUGUUUGUAUAUAGCAUAUAAUUAUUUGUUCUCUUUUAAUUAAAAUACUUAAUACUUUAGUAUAGGUUUUAGUGAAAUUAAUGUCUCAUCGAGGCAUUAAUACAAUUUCGUGAUUUCAUGGUUCCCUGAAUCAUAUAUGUAUAAAAUUCCACCUUCUCUUGAUUAUUUAAAAGAUGGGAUUAAUUUUUAACGAUUCCCGAGAAAAUUGACAAUUUACACCGGGCAAUUGCAACCCGUACAAUAUAAUUGUGUACUUGACAUUUACCAUUUAUUGGUUUAGAGGGGACUUGUGCGCGUCUUAAUACAAAAUGGCGACCAUCGGCCCUUUUGGCGGUUAACCCAACUGGGCUUAUUUACAAUAAGAAUUAAAAAUAAUGAAAUAAGUAAUCUCAUGAUAGUUUGUGUCUAUAAUUUAGUUCUGUGCCAAUUAGUAUUAAAAUGUAUUUAUAGCUGUGGUGAUAUGUAUUUCUACAUGUAACACAUGAUUUAUCCUACGUAAUAGUUAGUAAAGAUAUUUUAUAUUGUAGGACUAAUUUUGUUCUUUCAAAUUCUUAAAUAACAUUCUGUUCUUGCCAAUUAACUGUCCAUUUUGUCAUAAGAAAAUUCUAUUCUAUAAAAUAAUCAAUUUUAAAUUUUAACAAACUUUGUUCCGUAAUAUAAUGUCUUUUCUGGUGUAAGGUAAAACGUUUUCUCCCAAAAAUAUUUUUUUGUGUGAAACUAAUUGAAAAUGAGUAAAUACAGAAUAAAAAUGAUUAGAAAAACAAAUAAAUUUUGAAUACACAAUUAGGUAUACCAGAAUUGACGCCCAUUUGAAUUUUAAAUUAAAUUUACGAAUUUAGUCUUGCCAGACAUUGCCAUAUUAAUACUUCCAAUUGAGCAAUAUUUUGUACAUAUAAAAUUGUAUUAUAUUAGUAUUUUUAUCUCUUUCAUGAAGAUAAUCAGAUAUUUACGUCACCUAUUUUAUGUCGACUAAGCAAUGAUCAAUAUACAAUUAAGUAAUGAAAUCAAUAUUGGUGUGCUAUCACAACUUUAUAUAGGUUUAUAUUUUUCUUUUAACAAUGUGAUAUAGGUUCGUUAAUAUUUUAUUUAUUAUAAUCACAAUAACAUUCGAAAAUAUUUUUAACUUCAUGAGAGGGUUUUAAACAUGUACCUAGUUUUAGGAGUUUAAUCAGUGUCCACUAAAAUAGGUUUGUUAUAUUUCAUACUUAUUUAUGUGUUUUAAUUAGAUUUAACAUUUUAUUAAUGCAAAGGAAUUGUUAUUACAUAUAUUUUUUGCCAAUUAGUAAAAAUUACUUGAUUCUAGAAUGAGAUUUGAAUUUUUUGUAAAUACAUUGCCGUUUAUAACAUUAUCACUGAAAUGUCAAAUGUGGAAUCUUCUGGUGUUUUUGAUAGGAAACUUUGGUAGUUGUAUGAAUGUAGCAUUAUGUGAAAAGAGCGAAUUGUAAGACUUAUUGAAUACACCAGAAGGUUUGAUUAAGAUCAAAAUUUAAUUCCUAAUAAUGUUACCAGUUGCAAACUGGAAAUAAAGGUUCCCAAUUUGCGGUUGUCUGAUUUUAUAGAUUUUAGCUUCGUGAAUGUUUAUUGGUUGUAAUACUUUUGUCUCGUUUAGUGCGUAGUUAAUUGUUAGUUC